UCUCUGACAUAUGUUGGACUGCAUCUUACGGUGACUGUUACAUGCGGACGCUUUUGAAUAUUUCUGUUAUAUUGAUAAGGCGUGUUAGGUGGCCAGGAUGUACACAGCCGGACUAAAUCCGUUUUACGCGUCCAAUUUCAGCCUUUGGUCUGCAUACUGCUCCGGUGGUUUUGCGAUGGAUAAUAUGAAAAAGCCUUCGUUUUGCAUAGCAGAUAUUUUACAUAUCGGUGAUGCGGACGGUCUUCCAGGGUCGUCGGCGCUCAUGGCUCAUGUCGCACCCCGCUCUCAGAUUCAUUCUUCUGGAUCCCCACUGCGUCCCUCUCCUGUGGCGGCGGCAGAGGCAACGGUCUUCGGUACAAGAGGCAACCCCGCAUCCCCUUAUCACAGACAUGGAAUACACUUAACCGCCGUCUCCAGAACAACGUUAAACUCCCAGCAAGCUCCACCACCCUCAAGCAAGGACCUCAAGUUUGGAAUUGACCGGAUUUUGUCCACAGACUUUGAUCCAAAAGUAAAAGAAGCAUCGUCAUUGCGAGAUCUCACGUCUAUCGUUAGCGCUAAUCGACACUCGGCGGCAGUCCACGUCUCCGUGCAGCCCCCGGCGAGCCAGUACUUCGCAUCCCUAGAUCCCGGGAUGAAUGACGCGUCGUGCCGGAUGAGCUCGUUAGGCACCGCGGCGAGGCAAUCAGGCCAACACCAGUUUCAGGACACCUUUCCAGGUGCUGUUGUUGACCCUGCCUGCUUUGCUCUCCUCCACACAGGACCAUAUGCUGUUCUCACGAAAGACACCAUGCCUCAGACCUACAAGAGGAAAAGAUCUUGGUCCAGAGCAGUGUUUUCCAACCUACAACGAAAGGGGCUCGAAAAACGUUUUGAAAUACAGAAAUACGUCACCAAGCCCGACCGAAAGCAGCUCGCUGCCAUGCUGGGCCUCACCGACGCACAGGUGAAAGUUUGGUUUCAGAACCGAAGAAUGAAAUGGAGACACUCCAAGGAGGCUCAAGCACAGAAGGACAAGGAGAAAGAACAGCCUGACAAGGCCCAGGCGGAUGGCGACCAGAAAGAGCCAGAGGAAUCCGAGUGCGAGAGCGAACACAGCGAGUCCGACUUCGAGGAAGGAACCGAGGACAAAAGUGACGUCGACAUCACGGAGCACAACAAGAGCAGCGUAAGCGUGAUCAUGAGCGGCCCAGCGUCCGCAAUAAGCGACGACACGACGACGACCGGCGCGCUCACGGAAACACCUGCAUCGUCGCAGAUAUUACUAUGAACAGCAAACUGUUUUAAUGUCAAGACUGAUAAUUUAUCGGACCCUCUGUUGCCUCAAAGUUGAGAGUGCAACUGCCUGUCCCUAAGCGCCUCCAGUGUGCAGGUAUGCGUAAAAAUGUGGACUCCCCUUAACCCACAAAUAGGACUAUGAAGUACGAUGUCUUUGACAUUUUUUCCUUAAAAAGGAAAAAAUAUAUUGCUCUUGUGAAAUCCUCUCUGAACCACUCUCACCAACUGAACUUGGAAAAUAUAUUUACACAAUGUUAACUGUUAUGUUUUGGCAUUUGUUCCUUUGAUUUGUAUAAUAUUUUGCCUGUAAUUUGCACUGAAGAUAAUGUAAAUUAAAAGUUUCUUACAUUUAAGUGUAUUGAUACAAUCGAAGUCAUUAAAUAUUUCAAUACAAUGACGUGGUUUUGACUCAUUGUCU